UGCCCAACCAUAGCGAGUAGACACUCAAGUCCUACUCUCCAGCGAGUAUCGUCCGUACAAUCCAUUUCACUCCCUCGGAAAUCGAUUUAAAACACACACCCCACCCUGAUUUCAUGACCUUCACGCUGUCUCUCUCUCCGCAGUCUCAGACACGCACACAGCGUUUCACUGCGGCUGCUUGUGCUGUAAGCUAUGGAGGAGUACUCGGUGGACGACCCAACUCAGCUACUCCAAGCCGCUUCCCAUUUCGAAAAUUACCCCGGUCUUCAAAACGACGAUUCAGCUAAAGAAUUUCUCGAUUCUUCCCUCUUCCCGUCCUUCUCAAGUAACCCUUGUCGCUUCUACCCAUAGCUUGUUUUCCAAGUUUUUGUGCUGCUCUUCAAUUUUCGUCAUUUUUCUUCAAUUUUCUUUCGUUUUCGUUUCGAAUUUUGGCAAAAAGUCCUCACUUACCCUAAAACCUGAACUUGAACUUCGUCUGAAUAAUUUUGUUUUGUUUCCCGCUUGCGGUGCUUUGCAAACCAAAGCUGAUGUGCGCGGUCUGGAAAGCACAUUGGUUGUUGUUUUGGAAAGGGUUUUCAUGACGAAAUAUGGGAGAUGGGGCUUCUCUCAUCCCCCAGUAUACGUCAUUUGUACAAGCUAGUCUGAUGGCAGAGUCUCAGGAAGUCAAUUCUUUAGCUUGUAAAACGGUUUCUUGCCUUCUGGAGAAUUCGAAUGAAGGUUCUGUUUCUGCAACACGCUUUACAGUUGACCACAAUAUAUAUCCUCUCUUGCUUGAUUGCCUCAUUCAUGGUUAUGAAAAAGUUGCAACUCUAGCAAUGGAUGCAAUAGAGAAUAUAGCUGGUUCUCCCGCAGGCAUAGAUAUCGUUUUGUCAGCUAAUACUAAAGAAGUUACACAUCUUGGAGCUUUAGCAGCCCAAUUCUCUUCACUGGGAUGGGUCCGGGUUCUGGCUUUGAUAGUGAGGCUAUUUUCUAUCUCCCCACGCGCCAACGUGGCAUUAGUAGUCCAGAAGUCAAAUCUACUUGGACUUUUUGAGGCAAAAAUCAAGAACAAUGAUACCCUUUCAACAUUGAGCAUUUUGGAGGCUUUGUAUGAGUUGUCAGAGAUCGAGCAUGGUAGAGAGUUUUCGACCCUUCUGCAACUGCUAAGCUCUGUAAUCAGCAUGAUAUCGUUGUAUAACUUUUCUAGCAACAAAUCAAUGGAGUCGAUUUUAAGAACAGGGGCAAAGGCGGUUAGUGGAAGACUUCUGUCCAAGGAGAAUUACAUACUAGCUGAUGAAUUAAGUGUAAAAACUGUAUUAUCAGCCAUAGACAGGAUACUUAGUUCAACCGGAACUCAAGAAAUAGACGAAUGUGAACCUGCUCUUGAAGCACUGGGUCAAAUACAGUCAUCAAUUCAAGGAGCACAGUUUCUAUUGUCAAGUUAUCCACCAGCUGCAAGACAUGUUAUCUAUACUGCUUUUGAUAGGCAAGGACGUGGUAAAUAACUGUCGAUCAUCACUACUGAGACUGUCUCUGAAGCAUCUCUGUCUUCUCUAUUAGAGUACUUUUUUAACAGCCCUCCUGAAUUGGAGGGUAACCGUGCUAAGCAGCUGGCUUGUAGGGAAUGUCUUGGUCCGGUGAUUAUCUCUCAAUUUUUUAUGCAUGGAGCAACCGUACCAAGCUUAUUAAGAAUCUCACUACUUGUCUAAAGAAGAAAGAUGAUGAUGUUGCCAAAAUUAUCUUGGAAGCACUGAGAAAGCAAGUGAAACUUUUAUGUGAAUACCAUGGCAGCACGAUUAUCGUCUACAGUUGGGAGAAUAUGAUCUUGGUCGGGAUUGAUUCUUGGUUGAUCAGGCAAUUUGACCGGAUUAUCAGAUCAGCCGUCUGUCAGAAGUUUCAUGCUGUAGUGGAAAACAUCUACGUCACGGUCAUACGACACUACAUGGGAUGCUUGAUGAAAUAGAUUUUUUUGGUUAAGCAUUGGGACGCAGAAGAUUGCACAGUGGAGCAAGUGGCCUUUGAAGUAGGGGUGGGCACUUAGAACCGAAAACCGAAACCGAAACACGAACCAAAUCGAACCGCACCAAAUGGUUUGGU